AUGGUAAAAGUUACCAAAGCACUUAAACCUUCUUUGGAUUUUCGCCGUUCAGUCACAAAAGAUAAAAUUUCCACCCCGAUUGCAAUUCCAGACAAACCACCUCCAUCAAUUUUACCUCCGAAGAAAGUCAUUAAAGCAUUAUACGAUUAUGAGGCAAAUGCUCCAAACGAACUCUCUUUUUCCAAAGGCGAUUUUUAUCAUGUUGUUGGUAACGAGAAUGAUCCAAAUUGGUAUGAAGCUUGUAAUCCCGCUACAAAUGUGAAAGGUCUUGUCCCUAUCUCAUAUUUUCAAGUAUUGGAAAAAAGUGGUCGUUUAAGUGGAGAUGAAAAAGCCGAAUCUGGUAUAUUCUCAGAAAUCAAUAAUUCUGGAAAUAAACCUCAGCCAUUAUAUGGUAUUGUUCUUUACGACUUCUCAGCUGAACGUCCUGACGAACUGGAUGCUAAAGCUGGUGAACCAAUUAUUGUAAUUGCACAAUCGAAUCAUGAGUGGUUUGUUGCGAAACCAAUAGGACGUUUAGGUGGGCCAGGUCUUAUUCCUGUAUCUUUCAUAGAAAUUCGUGAUCAUGCGACCGGUAAAGCGAUAGAAAAUGUUAAAGAGUUAAUGGAUAAAUCCGUUGUUCCAAAAGUUGAAGAAUGGAAAAAAAUGACUCAAGAUUAUCAAGAAAAUAGUAUUUCAUUGGGUCGACUAGAUUUUUCGGCGGAUUCCAAAUUAGCACCAGUUGGGAUGGAGUCAAAAUCACUUGAUCCUAAAUUAGCACCAGUAUCUUUUGAUCUUGAUAAGAAAUUGGCUCCAAUGUCUUUUGAUAUUGAACCAAUUAAUUUACAAGAUUCUAACGCAAGCGGAAAAUUUGCUUUUACCAAAAGGAAUUCAGAUGCUUCGAAUACUUUACCCACGAGUCCCACCGACCUUGAGGAAUCAGAUUUAAGCUCUCAAGACAAUGAAAUAAUUGCUGCAUCAGUUGAUUCAUUUCAUUUUGAAGAGGAAAGAUAUUGGUUUUUGAUCCGUGCUGAAUUGGCCUCAGGAUGCUUUCGCCUUUUAUAUAGAUUAUAUGAAGAUUUUUAUGAGUUUCAAAUUGCUCUUCUCAAUAAAUUUCCGGAAGAAGCUGGUCGUACUGGUAAACAACGUAUUUUACCAUUUAUGCCAGGGCCACUUUCAUAUGUUAACGAUAUGAUUACAGCUCAGAGAAGGGCUGAUUUAGAUAUAUAUGUUAAAGAAUUGUUAAGUUUACCUCCAUACAUUUUACAAGAUUCCAUAUUACAACAAUUAUUUGCAUUAAGAGAUGGUGAUGUCGAAACUCCAACUGACCCAAGACAACCUAUUGGUGCAAACGGAAAGUCAUCUUUGGAUUCAUCACCAAUUGAUCCAUUACCGCCAACAAAGUCAUACCAGACAAUGCAAUCUUCUGUAAUCAAUUCAUCAUUGAAUGGCGGAGGAUAUAAACAUAGUAAUAAUUCAGUAUCGGGACAAUCUUUUAUUAAAUCUUCUCGGGUUCAUGAUGAAUCUAUUAAUUUCUCUACAACAAAUAUACCUAAUACAAAAUCUACUAUUACAAAUAAACAGUCUUUUAUAAAAAUCAAAGUUUUAUAUCGAGAAGACCUUAUUGCUAUUCGGGUUUCUGCAAGUGUUACCUAUGCAAAACUAAGAGAAAAAUUAAAUGAACGUCUUGGAGGGCAUGUAACAAAUCUAAAAUAUAAAGAUGAUAACACUAACGAGAUUUUAUCACUUGAUGAUGACGACCACCUACGGCAUGCAAUAGCGAAUUGCCCAAAAUUAUUAAUUUAUGUGGAAUAA